CUAUGGUCUUAGGACGCACCUGUGACCCCGGAAGCUCUUCUGGAAGUUCGGGGAAGCAAGAUGGCGGCGCGAACAGCGCUUGGGGCUCUGUGCCGGCACCUCUGGCAGGGCUUGGGGAAUUUGUCUGUAAACAGUUCUAAGAGCAGUACAGCAAAUAAUGGUGCCUUUCUUCUCAGUACCAGCAUGAAGUGGGUACAGUUCUCAAAUCUUCACAUUGAUGUUCCAAAGGAUUUGACCAAACCUACUAUAACCAUUUCUGAUGAACCAGACACAUUAUAUAAACGUCUGUCAAUUUUAGUAAAAGGCCACGAUAAGGCCGUAUUGGACAGUUACGAAUAUUUUGCGGUGCUUGCUGCUAAAGAACUUGGUAUCUCUAUUAAAGUACACGAACCUCCAAGGAAAAUAGAGCGAUUUACUCUUCUCAAAUCAGUGCAUAUUUUCAAAAAGCACAGAGUUCAGUAUGAAAUGAGAACACUUUACAGAUGUUUAGAGUUAGAGCAUCUAACUGGAUGCACAGCAGAUGUCUACUUGGAAUAUAUUCAGCGAAACUUACCUGAAGGAGUUGCCAUGGAAAUAACAAAGACACGGUUAGAACAAUUACCAGAUCACAUCAAGGAGCCAAUCUGGAAACAAGUACCAGAGGAAAAAGAAGAAAGCAAGUCAUGAAGCUUCAGGGAGCCACUUUGGACUUGAAAGAAGAGUGGGCCAGAUGUGUGUGUUUGAGUGGAGAGUGCUUGCAGCUGAGGCAGUCUGGAGUCCUCCUCACUGCUCUGUUGAGUCCUCUUGCCCAGUUCAGUUGAAAACAGGGAAUGGAAACUUAAUGACAGGCUGAAAUGGAGUAAAAGACAUUUUGUUCUUUUUUA